AUGGAAUCGAGUAAGGUUGGAUUUGAUAAUGAUGGCUUUAGCAAAGCAGGAAAUGAUCCACCCAAAAACGAACAAGAUAAGGUUAAAGACGUCGAGGACGAUGAACCCGAGCGGGCAGCUUGGGGAAACCAAAUCGAGUUCCUCAUGUCCUGCAUUGCCACCUCCGUGGGACUUGGCAACGUUUGGCGAUUCCCCUUUAUCGCGUACCAAAAUGGCGGUGGAGCUUUCCUGAUCCCUUAUAUUAUUGUCCUAUUUCUUAUUGGAAAACCUAUGUACUAUCUGGAGUGUGUUUUGGGGCAAUUCAGCUCUAAAAACUCUGUUAAAGUUUGGUCGUUGUCACCGGCAAUGAAAGGUACUGGAUAUGCGCAGGCACUUGGAACUAGUUGCAUUCUAUCAUACUAUGUGCUUAUCGUAGGGCUUUGCCUGUAUUACCUGUCAAUGAGUUUCACGUCAACAUUACCUUGGGCUGUCUGCCAGCCAGAGUGGGAUAACUGUGUUCCUUCGGGACAAACUGAAAAUCUCAAUAGCACUGAAAAUGGAACAAGCAGUGCUGAAUUGUAUUUUGUAAAAACUGUUUUGCAAAGAAGCGACGACAUUGAUCAUGGAAUUGGUAUGCCUAUUUGGUAUCUGGUGCUAUGUCUGCUGGCAUCGUGGUUUAUAAUUUUCCUCAUCGUAUCAAGAGGAGUGAAAAGCUCUGGAAAAGCUGCGUACUUCCUCGCGUUGUUCCCCUACGUUGUCAUGAUAAUUUUGAUGAUAACCACUGUUAUACUACCCGGAGCAGGCGACGGAAUACUGUUCUUUAUAACACCGCAAUGGGAUAAAAUUUUAGAACUCAAGGUAUGGUAUGCCGCCGUAACUCAAGUUUUCUUUUCUCUCUCCGUAUGCACUGGAACCAUCAUUAUGUUCUCAUCUUAUAACAACUUCAGGCAAAAUAUAUACAGGGAUGCCAUGAUAGUGACAACGUUAGAUACUUUUACAAGUCUACUGUCAGGUAUUACAAUUUUUGGUAUUCUGGGCAAUCUGGCUUACGUCCUUGAUAAAGAUGUUGGCGAAGUUAUCGGUUCUGGAGGUACUGGUCUCGCGUUCGUCUCAUAUCCUGAUGCUAUCACCAAAACAUUUCAGCCUCAGUUAUUCUCGAUACUAUUUUUCCUUAUGAUGACCGUUCUUGGAGUUGGCUCAGCCGUAGCUCUGCUGUCAGUUGUUAAUACGUUACUGAUGGAUGCCUUUCCCCGUGUACCCGUUGUAUAUAUGUCAGCUAUAUCGUGCACUGGUGGUUUCGCUGUCGGCCUUAUUUAUACAACUCCAGGUGGUCAAUUCCUUUUGGAGCUGGUGGAUCAUUACGGUGGAACGUUCUUGAUCCUAUUCUGUGGUAUUGUGGAAGCUGUCGGCGUAUUUUGGAUAUACGGGUUAGAAAACCUAUGUCUAGAUAUAGAGUUUAUGUCAGGUAAGAGAUCUUCAAUAUACUGGCGUUUCUGCUGGGGUCUCGUCACACCAGCUGUUAUGAUCAUCGUCUUCAUAUACGCUCUUGUGACAGUUGAAGCACUCCGCUUUGGCGGAUUUUAUUACUAUCCUACAUCUGCGCAUGUUGCCGGCUACUUGUUGCUGGCUGCGGGGAUAUUCUUCGUACUAGGUUUUAUUGUCGUCACCAUGCUCAAGUACAACACUGGUGAAAUAAUUACGACUAUAAAGAAGGCAUUCCGCUCAAAAAGUACUUGGGGACCGAGAGGCGCAGCUAUACAUCGGGAAUGGCAAGCAUUUAAAAAUGAUGCUGAGGACGCAAGACUGCUACAAAAUACAUCAUUACUAAAACACUUGUGGCUGAGUUUAUGGGGAGGCUACAAGAGGUCAUGA